UCUCCCUUCUGCCGUGGCGCAGAGUUAACUAGGGUUCAGGACGGAGCCGAGCAGCGACGUACGACGGGGCAAAAAUUCGUGCACGCCUUCUGUCCAAUCGGACGAUUCCGCUGCUGGAGUGAGCUACUUUGCGCAAGGGAUCUUGGUGCGUCGUGGAGAAGAAUUCGGUCACGCAUUGAAUCGACGAGAGCGCGGGGAGUCGAGUUUAAUCGACCUCUUGUUGCCGUCGAGGUUUCGAGAAGCCAUGAGCUCGAGAGGUUCGGCGAAGUGACAUCGAGAAGGGCCGAAUUUCAUCUGUCUCGGUGGGCGGGCGGGCGGUGCGGUGCGGUGCGUUCCAUGAUGUUCAUCGGUGGCAGGGUGAUGUCGUGGGUACGGGAUUUACGGGAAAUGAAGACGGUGUUCCAGUCAUCGGUCGGAAGCUCGCAACUGAGCAGUCACUGGAGACGUCGAGAUUGAGAGCCCUCGAUUUCUCGGACUAGAAGACGUCGGGUUGCUUAGCGUAAGCGUAGUCGUCUGGACAUUUAGAAGACAUGGGGAUUCAGGGUGAUGAGAAGCGGAAAGGAGAGGGCAGCCGAGGUGGAGGGGGCGCUGCGAAAAGAGGAGGAGGAGGAGGAGGAGGAGGAAGGGGAGCUGCAAAGGGACAUCGCCCGAAGAAGAGCGAAACAAAUUUCAUACCUGCGUACACCGGGGAGCUCGCCCCUCCACCGGUUGCGCGAGAUAUCAUGGCCGUGCCCGCCAAGCUUCGGCGUAUCAUGAACCUCAGAGCCGUGGUAGCUUCUGGUGAGAAAUACGAUCCGAAUGCGUACAAACGGAAAUCGAAGCAGGACGAGUCCAAGGCUUCCAAGAAGAAGGACAAGAAACGAAAGCUGAGCGAUGAGAAGACUGGAACCAACGGGGCCCAGAGUAAGGACGAGGACGGUACUCCGGCAGCCAAGAAGUCCAAGCUCUCUCGAGCUGAAGAGGAGUUGAAAAGGCUGAACGCCAAGUUCGAUAGGAAGGCACGAGUUAAGCCCAAGAGUACCGGUGAAACUUGGAAGAGCUACUUGAAUGAGAAGAAGAAGAAGAAAAGAGGACCGAAGGCGGCGGAAGAGGGUCUGCUUGCUAUGAAUGUUCACGAGAAGAUUGAGUUUGGAGACGUCGUGCAGGCUCCCCCAAAACUGACAUUUCCGAAGAAGGCUGCUGCGAUUAAGGAGAAGGAGAGGGUUGAUGGAGACCAGUCGGCAUUACAUGAGAGACUUAGAAUGCAAGCCAUAGAGUCCUAUCGACAGCGCAAAAAUUGGUCGGAGAGACCUGGUCAACAAUUGCCGAAUUUAGAUUUAGCGAUCGCCGUUCCUGAAUUAUAGAUCUCUCCCGACACAAUCACUACACACAAAACUAGCAUCGAGGGUCCGUAUCACGUAGGCAAGGAGCAAAUGCCGGUGUCUGUCUUUCUCUGGUGCUCUCGUGCUGUAGGUGCGCACGUCAGUUACUCCCGUGGGUUUGGAGCGAGCCGGCCUGGCUCCCCUUUCCUCCGCUAGAGAACGGAGUAAAUCCAGUCGAGGUGAUGCAGUAGCACCAAUCCCUUCAAGCUCGAAAAGAAUCGAGCUUCCUGUAAAUCGAGACAUGAAUUGUGUCCUUCAAGUUCAGCAGAGCGAAGGAUUUGUCCACAGAGUCAUCACGUUGCUUGUUCAUUCAACACUUAUUCCCGAGGGCAUUGCCCGUCACUUACGUGGCGGGCCUUGAUCAGUCUCUCCCUCCCACCCC